AUGGUGAAUGAAUUUUCACUUCAACCAACCCCUUCCAUCUCGGGAUUCACUGGAACCCAGCUGGGCACCUCGAUGGACUUGGCAUCAAGCUUGGUCGUCUUUACCUCGACAUUAACAGAGACUAUCCAUCCGUUCUUGACUUACACCGAACAGACCACCGUAUCUGAUGAUCCCGUUACACAGUUCGUGAUCUCUCACCUGGUCACGACCACGAACUUGGAGACGGUUCAAUCGGUAACGGUCACAUUCACCACUCUCCCACAGUCUCAUUUCCCAGAGACACCCUGGUCAGAGAGCACCCAGUCCGAGACCAAACUGGAGAGCAUACUGGGUACUACGUUUCAAACCUCGCCUCUCACUCUUACCACCUCCUCGGCUCCGUCGUGGACUACUAGUGCUACGACAUCCUCCACCAAUUCAGAGUCCCUGUCACAGUUGGAGACACCACUCGUGGGAUCCACAGGUCUCAAUACUCAUCCAAGUGAAUGGCCCAAUACUCAUCUCAGUCCCAAUACCCAUCCAAGUGAAGGGACUGCGAUCACACUGGUCUCCCUUGCACCAACCUCUAUCUCGCAAACCUCACAAAUUGCCGGCACAGCAAUGGCAACUCAUUCGCUGUCGCAAAUCUCGAUGGCUCGCAGUGACUCGGGACUUCCCAUGUCUAUCACACAGGCCUCCUCUACAGUCCCGUGGGUACGAUCGUCGGCUCUGUCGUGGGAGGAAUGGCAUUCAUACUUCUGGCCCUAUUGGCAUGCAUUUUUUUUCGUUCGACGAAGACGACGAAAUAUCCUGCACCGACGCCUACACAGUCGACAGGCACUGCUGCGAAGUGACUCGGACAAUUCCGCCCAUGCCUUCCUUGACGGCCAUAAUCGCCAAUCUUCCUGGCCAGUGGACCAUGCAUCUGCUACUACACCCUCGGAUCACUUUCCUCCUGCGCAGAACCACUCAAACACGGCCACUAGGCCCAACUAUGGGCUUUCUGCUGCAAACCGAAAGCUCGCGCUAGAUGAAAACAUCCCGUAUGGAAGUCAUCGGCACUCUAUCGAGGGACCCUGGGCUUGGUGGAACGGGAAGCCUAAGAUUGAGGUUUCACCCCCAUCACGCAGCGCGUCGAUUUAUUCACGCCAGUCGUGGGAAGACAGGCUGGAGUCGCUCGAAUUCUAUCACAAUGGCGAGUUUACCACCCCGGGUGGAAAUACUACCUAUCAUCACGGGGCAAGUACGGCAGCUAUCCCCGAUCAGGCGUCCAAGUCGGCCAGAAGCUCUAUCAAAAAUCUCGCCCAUGAAACCCUGGGUGGAAGGACUGCCACUGUCAACUCUCCCCAAAGCUUCGAGUCAGCCCUUGCCUGGUCAUGUGUUGGAACGGCACCCGGCGGUGGGAGCACGGAAACGCUCUCUGCACAGGGUUAUGAAACCCCCACUUCCAAGCCGAAGCACCUCGCUACACCCAAGAGGCGCGCGAGCAUCCGCAGCAAUCCGUUCGAUCUGGAAUUCCCACCAAGUGUAGCCUCGAAAGGCGUGGAUCCUACUUCUCAGAUUUCGCUCCCACCAACCGAAUUUCCGACUUCAGCAUCGGGUGGACGGUACUAG